AUAUUUUUUAAUAAUACUUUUUUUUUUUAAGAAAGUUAAUACGAGACUGUGUGUUCUUCUUCCUUCAGUCUCAUCACUGUCACGAUCUCAUCACAAAAAUGGCAAACAAAACCAAAAAAAACACAACAACAACAACCUACGACGACAACAACAACACAUGGCAUUGGAUACUGCAAAAAGGAACACCAACAACAUUCACAACAAUCGCAUUAUUCGCAAUCUUAAUCCGUUUCCUCGUAUCAUUGUACCCUUAUUCAGGUUUCAAAACCCCACCAAAAUUCGGAGAUUUUGAAGCACAGAGACAUUGGAUGGAGAUAACAAUAAAUCUUCCAAUUCGUGAAUGGUAUAGAAAUGGAACCAAUAAUGAUUUGAGUUAUUGGGGUCUUGAUUAUCCUCCUCUUACUGCUUAUCAGAGUUGGAUUCAUGGUGUUUUUCUCAGAUUUUUUCAUCCGCCUUCUGUUUCUCUGUUCACUUCUAGAGGUCAUGAAUCAUAUCUUGGAAAACAGCUGAUGCGGUGGACAGUGAUAUCAUCUGAUGCCCUGAUAUUCUUUCCAGCUGUUUUGUACUUUAUUAUUAUUCAUUAUAAUCAACCUUCUCGGAGCCGUAAAACUGAUUUGGCAUGGCACAUUACCUUGCUUUUGCUAAACCCGUGUUUGAUCUUAAUCGAUCACGGUCACUUUCAGUACAACUGUAUCAGCUUGGGAUUUACUGUUGCAGCUGUUGCUGCUAUCCUCUCUGGGAAAGAUCUUGUUGGUUCUGUUCUUUACUGUCUAGCUCUAAAUCAUAAACAGAUGAGUCUAUAUUUUGCACCCGCUUUUUUCAGCCAUCUACUUGGCAAAUGCCUGAGACGAGAACAUCCAGUCCUUGAGGUGUCAAAACUAGGAUUUGUGGUCUUAGGAACCUUUGCAGCAGUGUGGUGGCCUUAUCUGUAUUCAACGCAAUCCUUUUUGGAGGUCAUUGCCCGUCUUGCUCCGUUUGAAAGAGGAAUAUUUGAGGAUUAUGUGGCCAAUUUUUGGUGUGCCACUUCGAUUCUCAUAAAGUGGAAGAGAUUGUUUGCAACAGGGCCGUUAAAACUUCUCAGUUUCUCUUUAACAAUUAUAUCGUGUUUUCCUUCAAUGGUUCAACAAAUAAAGUCUCCAAGUAAUAAAGGAUUCCUUUAUGGGCUUCUCAACAGUUCUUUGGCAUUUUACUUGUUUUCUUUUCAAGUGCAUGAGAAGUCCAUUUUGCUACCACUUCUUCCAGCAACCAUGCUAGCUAUGGAAGAGCCCUUUAUUUUUCGAUGGUUCAUGCAAUUCGCCAUGUUCUCCAUGUUCCCUUUGAUGUGUCGCGACGGUUUGAUUGCUCCAUAUUUCGCUUUAUUCGUUCUAUUUAUCCUGGUUCUCAACACACCUGAUCAAAACAAAAUUAAAGAGAACAACUAUUUCUAUAGUUAUUUAGGCUCGACAACGAGACGCCUUAUUUUAUUUUUUUCUUUAAUUCUUCACAUAGUAUAUUUAACAAUGCAACCUCCUAAGAAGUAUCCUUUUCUUUUUGAAGCAAUAAUUAUGAAUCUUUGUUUCUCUCAGUUUGUGAUUGUAACUCUUGGCUGCAAUAUAAAGCAGUGGAUGUUAAACAAAAAUGUCAAAUUAGAUGAAAUAGAAAAGAAACUCAUUUGACAUUGGUUACACUUUUGAAGUUGAUGAGUUUUUUUUUUUGUUGAAAAUUUGGAUUAUGAGGUGUGACAUAUUUUGACUUUUGAUUCAUUUCACCUAUGGUUUAUAUAAAUUGAAUUAGGAGAUUGGCCUGCAUUGACAUACUAUAUUGUAAUGAUUUUAUAAUCUUCAGUCUUUUGUUCUCUUCCCA